AUGUGGUGCUACCAGAAACCGGGGUUUGAAGCCCUCCUCCUUGCUGAGCUGCAGAGGCAACAACAGUGCAGCCAGUUCUGUGACACUCUGCUCAAGACAGAAGGUGUGUCAGUGCCAGCGCACAGUUGUAUCCUCUCAGCCAUCAGCCCGGACAUCUCCUCUGCUCUGUCCUCCACGCCGCCGCCCCCUGCAGGACAGAGCCGUCUCCUGGAGUUUCGGGCUCUCGGCGCCUGCACGCUGCUCCGUGUGGUCAGACUGCUGUACUCUGGAGAGAUGGCAGGUGAAGGGGAGGAGGAGAAGCAAGAGGCGAUUUCUGCUGCAGCCAGGCUGGGCAUCCACGGGCUGGUGGAGGUCACAAGAAGAGACUGUAAACGCAGACACGAGGAAGAAGGCCAGCACGCAGAGGUAGGAGUGCAGACGGAGCCACUGACGCCGGAGGAAAAUGAGGGGAGACGGGGGCGGUGGAGGAGAGAAGUGAGGGAUGGGAGCACCUUUCUGUGGAAAGAGACGCUGUCAGAUGGUGAAAGAGACACAUGGACUCAGACAGAAGAGCUGCAGGCAGACACAGCUCCUCCUCCUCACCCAGCAGCCUCCUAUGAGACCAUCGAUAUAGCUGCUCUCCAGACUUUAGGACAGACACACCCCAAUCUUCUUCCCCCUCAAAUUCCCUAUGUUCCCAUAUCACUCGUCUACCCACUAGAUGAAAACCAAACACACCAGCCUUCCUCUGCCCUCGUGGCACCACUGUACACCUCCGCCCCCCCGUCCCACCUUCCUUUCCCCAGCCAAGCAACCCCGAGUGCUCCUGACCCUCCGAGCUGCUGGGCUGGCCCCGAAAGAGCAGCAGCUGAAGAAUGUGACGACGAGCAGUUGGAGCAGUUUCAAGACAACAUCCCGGGAUACAUCAACUACUUCCUGAACCCGAACAAGGAGGAGGGCCCCUGCAGGGGGACGACGCGACGGGGGACGGGGGCAAGGAAGGGCAAGAGUGGGAGAGCCGGGAGACCACGAGCAAGAGCAGGAGGGAGGGGGAGAAGAGGGUUAACGCAGACGGUGGACGUGCAAGAGGUGGGGGUGAGCAGGCUGCAGAAGUUGUUCCUGCAGAGGGGGGGGGUGAGGGCGUCCAGGACGGGUCAGGGCGGAGGAGCUGCAGGCAGGAAGUUGUACCUGAGGACCAGAGAGCUUCUGAAGCAAACCAAGAGCUGUCAGCGGAGGAGAGGGCGCAGCAAAGUGUGGGAGUCCAACCUGAGUGGAGAUGUACCGCCGUUCUGUAAGGAAGAGGCAGGUAUCAAGCAGCGUGGACGGAGGAGCACGGCGCCGCAGUUUAACCCGGAUGGUCCUCCUGUUGGCAGGGCUCAGAAGGCGAGAACCAAACCAACAACAUCAGUCUCCUUUUCCUCCCCUCCCAUGCAGGUCUACAACGUUCGUACCUUACCUGCCUCCAGCCCCUCCCUCAAGCCUUCUCCGUCACCCGCCCUGCUGUCACUUGCAGCCUCCCACGCGUCACGUGAAUCGUCUUUCCUCCACACCGCCUCCGUCCCUCCUCCCGCACCUCCACCUCACGAUGAACAGCCUGAACACUUCGACCGUCUGCUGGAGGAAGUGAUGAUGGGCCUCGACAUUUUGCCAAACAACAGCAACGGUGCUCGACAUUCUCAGCUUCCUCUUCCAUCCAGCAGCAGCAGUCGCACCUAUGGCAAUACUUUGGCCCAAAACAAACAACAAAGCUGUAACUCUGGCCUCCUGGAAGCAGGCCCGGGUUUCCACGGGUCCACGCAGGUUGUUGCCGUCGGAGGUGGCGGUUCCAGCUCCGCAAACAGCAUGGUUCCCAUUCUGCAGCAGCAAGGAGAGGGAGAGCUGAAUGAAAUGCUGGAGCACUUCCUCAUGUCCUUUGAGCAGCACGUUGACAGCUGUGCUCCCCGGGACGAGGUGGAGAUGGGUGGUCAGAGCCGCGCUGAGGCUCCAGUCAGAAGUUCCCAAAAACUGCAACAGAGCGAUGGAGCCGAAACACCGGCGACACAGCCACGCAAAGCUUCUGCUCACAAUGCCGCUCCCCCCAAACAUAACGAGAAAACACCAUCCGUCAGCAAACGACAAAAGAAGCGAAGAAAAAAUGAAUAUCUGUUCUCGUCGGAGAAGAAGAGGGUGAGGGUGAAGAAGCCAGUGUCAUCAAGUGACGCAAAGACCAAAAUCGUUCAUGACCGAGGAGACAAGCAGCUACAGCAGAUUCCUGUGGUGAAACUGGAGAGGAGUGGCCUGCUGCCAGUCAAAGUUGCUCUGCAGGGACACAGCUGUCAGAGUCUGGACCUCAAGAGCGUUGCGAAAGCAAAGACCAGUUCAUCAUCAGUGAAAUGUCCACAUGACAAUGACCAGCGAGCCUCGUGGGCCACAAAGACGUACCCAAUCAGAAGCCGGUUUAGGGAAGCACAUAUGGACAGUACGCCCUUUCUUGAGGAGCCCUUUGUACCCAAACCACAACCAAGCCGCAAGCGAGGCAGGCCCAGAAAAAAUGGACAACUUCCUAGAUUAUGUAAUGGGGAGAGCUCAACACCACCCAUUCAGCCGCAGCCUGUGGAUGAACAACUGGAGAAAAAUCAAGAGAGACGUGAAGAAGAAUUUACUGUCCAGCCACAGGAAGAAGCAGAGGGACCUACAAGGAGGGGAGAGAAGAGGGGAGCAGAGUCCAAGGGGGAGACGAGUGAUGAUACCACUGUGGCCAAGAAGGUUUGCUCGGAGAAAACGCCACAGCCGACCACUGAAACGUGCACACCAAUCUCGGUGCAGUUUGAACCAGCAGCCACAGAGAUAGAGGAGGUAAUCGACGUGGAGACUGUUUCACUGACCGGUGUAGGAGAUUGUUUACAAGGUGAAGAACAAGAAGAAAAACCUGUGUUUAGUGUAAUUGGACCCGGAGAAGCCGAGGAAAGAUUGACGGAUGAAGACGCGGAGAGCAGCGGUGAUGAGAUAAUCGAUGUGGAUGGAGAUUCCGAUAAGGAGCGCCACCAGAGCGGAACAGCACCAACUCUGUGUCGUCUCACUGAAGAGAAGCCCUCUGUUUCACCUUCUUCACAUUCAGCUAAAGAGGUCGUUCUGGGGUCGACGGGAAGCUGGGAAGAGGACAAGGACGAGGACAUUGACGUGAUUGGAGGUUCCAGUCCCGUCCCCGAUCCGGUGAUCAUCAGCUGGACAGAGCCUUCGGAAGGAGAGGAAGAGGAAGGAGACGAGGAGGUUGACGUUAUUGGAGAAAAGACAGACUACACCUCGUCAGUGGUCUUCGCUGCAGUCAGUAAAGGUGAGCUUGUCAACAGGAAGUAUCAGACUGAGGUGCGCUUAGAUUAGCGUCUGUCGCGUUUUCUUUAGUACUCGUAUGCUUCAGUUGUGUUAUUGUGUUAUUUCUCACAUUGACCAGAAAACAACCCUGAUUUGUUUCGUUGAGCUGUAAGUUAGAGGGCAGGUAGAGAAAGUGAGAGCGAGAGAGCAAGACAAAUGUACUUUAAACAUAAAUGUCUUGUGUUUUUAUUGUCUUCACCUCCAUGUGCAAACACACUGACAAUCAUGUGAGGGGUUUUUGUUUUCCUAUUCCAGCAAUGUUUAGGGAAAAAAGGAGCUGUGAGCAACCUGUUAACUAUUUGUUUGAAUUGAAAAACAAAAGAAAAGAUGUGUAUCAUAAUGCAUGAAGUUGAGUAUACAGACUUAACAAUUGUCAAACUGACAAACGUGACUGGAAUUGUUCAUUUCUUUGUUUUUUAUAGAUAUUUAGCCAUUGAUUUUAUGUAAAGAGUUAUAACGUUGUUACUGCUAAGUUCAGUAAUUUGUUAUUUUUAUGCAGAUAUGUUCAACAAUGUUUGUUUUAACUGUCAAGUGUUGAAAACAACACUAAACGAACAGUUUAGAAAAACUGCAACAAAAAAAUCAGGUUUAUGUGUCAAAGGAAUCAAGAGUGUUUUAUUAGUUGUAAAUGUGACUAUGACUGUAUUGGUUGUAAAUAUGGUUAAUCAUUUCUGCCACAGUUUGUAAAUGUUCCAGGAAAACUCUUGUCUUCCUUGUUUUACUCUCUAGUUAUGUUUAACAAAGUUCCUCGUGGCACUUUUUGAGUCCAGGAUGAGAAUUCUACAAUAAACACAAAUCCUCUCUA